CCAAGUGAAAGACCAAGCGACAUGCACUCAUCGAAGACAUUGGCGGUACUCCUCAUCGUCGGAGCCACGAUUCUCACGAGCCAUUCCCUGCCGUACCGCGAGGAGCUCAGCGACGAGGACGACGACCGUCUCAACGAAGUCAGCGGCGAGUGGGGCAGCCGAAGGCUGGUCUUCCCGCGACUCGACCGCCUCUUCGGCAGCGCCGAAAUGCCGUCGGGAAAACCGAAGAGGAGCAAGGCCUCCUCCUCCCCCAGGGUCAAGGUCAAAAGAAACAACGACCGAGGGGGCUCCGGGGCCCCUGGCGACACCACGGAGAGCUCCAAGCACGCCCACUCGAUGAUCACAUCGAUGCUGACAUUCGUAAGCAGCGUCAUGAACUUUGGCAGGUCCUUCGUCAAGGACCAGUAGUCCCAAGGACCCCACAUACAUAUCUCGUGAAUCGUGCCAGAAAUGACAAAAUCUUAGAUAUAUCUUCUGUAUAAACGUAUAAAUAAAAAUAAUCUUCGUCUAGGUA